GUAACGCUACUUACGGACCGAGGAGGGUGGAGGAAGAAAAAAGAAAGAAAAAAGUCCGUGUGAAAGAGGGAGUGGGAAGCUGACUAAAUUACUGCGAGCUUUCCGACAUGAGAUGCUUAGCUAGCGGAACCGGGGAGAGAUGAGACUGUUGGCAGGAACAACUCGCGCAACCGACCGUAACACCACCGGAGGAGGCUCGGCGUGCCGGUGUCCGGGCUCGGAGCCGUAGCGCUCGGUUUUCGGGGGACUCCGCUUCACUUAGCCCUGUAGUUUCGCGGAUCAACUCCACUCCAAAGUCUCCGGUGUCGGCGGAAGGGCGGUCCGGGAGAGGCACGGGAAGGGGGGGACGAACCGCCCGCCCGCCCGGUGGCUGCAACGGAGGCGGCAACUGUCAGCGGACACAUUUAGGGAAAGUUUGGGCUCUCUCUCGGCGUUUCACAGCGAACCCGGGACCGGAGUAAGGACGACGCUCGCCCCGGUCGGACAGACCCGAGUGUCUACUGCCUUCUAAACGGACAACUUUGAGAAUGAAAACCCCGGGAGAGUCGGGGUUUGCCUUCCCCGAGUGGGCCUACAAGCCUGAGUCUAGUCCGGGCUCUCGGCAGAUCCAGUUGUGGCACUUCAUCCUGGAGCUGUUGCGUAAAGACGAGUACCACGACGUCAUCGCCUGGCAGGGUGACUAUGGCGAGUUCGUCAUCAAGGACCCGGAUGAGGUGGCACGACUAUGGGGCGCACGCAAGUGCAAGCCGCAGAUGAACUACGACAAGCUGAGCCGCGCCCUCAGGUAUUACUACAACAAGAGGAUCCUGCAUAAAACUAAAGGAAAACGCUUUACCUACAAGUUCAACUUCAACAAGCUGGUUCUCGUCAACUACCCCUUCAUAGACAUGGGGUCAUCAGGUGUGGGAGUACCCCAGAGUGCUCCCCCGGUGCCUACGGGCGCGGUGACUCAUUUCCGGUUCCCCCCGUCCACCCCGUCGGAGGUGCUGUCCCCCAGCAGCGAGGAGCUGCGGAGCCCCGGCGUGUUUGGCGGUGUGGGCCGCCGUCUGGCCCGCGGCUCCGUCUCCGACUGCAGCGACGGCACCUCCGUCAACUCCGAGGUGGACGAGGGCGGUGGUGGCCUCGGCGAGGAGCGCAUCCCGGAGAGGGCCGCCGAGAGGGGCUUCCGCGGAGCCUCGCACCCGCGGCCGCCCCAUGACGCCAUGUUUCGGAUGUACGGCGGGGGCGGUGGCCUGGCGGGGCGCCGCCCGCCGGAGGUGGCCACCCACCGGGUCCACCCGGAGCCACUCUCGCCCUUCCCCGUGUCGCCGCUGCCAGGGGCCGGAGGCUCCGCCCUCCUGGCCCCGCCCCUCUCGCCGGCGCUGUCCAUGACGCCGGGCUCCCACCUGCCCUACACGCCGUCGCCCAACCUGUCGCCAAUGCCGGGCUCCAUCUUCUCCUUCAACCCCGAGGACAUGCAGCGCUACCUGCAGGCCCACACGCAGAGCGUCUACAACUACCACCUCAGCCCACGCGCCUUCUUCCACUACCCCAACAUCGUGGUCCCGCAGCCUCAUCGGCCUGACAAGGGCCUACCUGCCGCCGCCGCCGCCGACAGGGGCCCCACCGAGCGCCCUUCCGUGCUCGCCCACCGAGCCCCUGGCCACGCCCACCCGCAUCCAAUCGCCGCCCAGCCCCUCCCCCUGCCCGACGAGCCCCACCCCUCACCCUUCAAGUUCAAACUGCAGCCGCCGCCCCCAGGCCGCCGGCAGCAGCGGGAGGCGCAGGGGCGACAGGGCUCGCUCUCCUCUGGCUCCUCGCUCUCGUUCGGCAGUGAGCUGAGCACAGCCGGCGGCGCGGGACUCCUCUCCACCUCCUCAUCCAGUGGCUCGCUCAGCAGCGCCGGACUGCCCAAGAUCAAGGUGGAGCCCAUCUCUGAUAUCGAAUCAGAAGAGGAGGUUGAAGUCACUGACAUCAGCGACGAAGACGUGGAUGAGCAAGACGAAGAAUCCGAGCCCUUACCCUCCCACAGCCUCUACCGCCAUCACCACCCCCACCACCAUCCUCAUCCUCACAUCUUCAGACGCCAGUCCAAUGGCACGGUCGCCCCCACAGUCCCCUACGACGACCUGGAGGAAGACGUCUUCAAGGCCCCUGCCCCACCCUCGCUCUUCGGCCCUCCCCUGCCCUCACCUCGCGGCAGCCCCGUGGUGAAGACCGAGCCUGGCACGCCCCCGGCGCUGGGUGGCCCUGCCCCUAGCCACUCCCACAGCCCCGCCCCUAGUCCUGCCCAGUGCAUCCCCCUGAAGCUGCGCUUCAAGCGGCGCUGGGACCAGGAGCAGCACACGGAGGAGGAGGACAAGAAGGUGCGGGGAGGGGAGGAGAGAGACAGGGAGCGGGGGGAGGGCGUGGGCACGCCCCCUCAUGGCCAGCGCAAGGUCAGCAGUGAGCUGCACCGUGCCACCGCCCAGCUGUCUCUGGAGAACAAGGACUGCUGACGCCCACGGCAGGAAGGCCGCGCUCGCAUGGAGCGGACGUGGUUCGUCUGAGGGAAUGACGGCACUGACGGACGAACACACACCAGCGCUCUGGCCGUGCACACACACCUAAACAGCUGCCCAGAGCUGAAAACUGACCAGUCUCCAGAACCCCCCCCCCCCCAAUCCACCACAUCUGGACACCAGCAUACACACUGCUGCAUCUCAAGAUGACCAUAACCUGGAAGGAACCACAAAGACACAGACACACGCGCACACACACACACACACACACACACACACACACACACACACACACACACACACACAUUGACCCUCAGGAGUCUUUGACCUUUGUGAAAGGGACUUUUAUUCAGUGAAGUGCCUGCAAGCGAAUACAUCCCCCUCGACCCACCCCCGCCACACGGCAGAGGAAGAGACAGACGGCGCGUGGACACGUCCGUCCCGAGUGCACUACGGACUGGGCGCCGUUCAGAGGGGAGGUGGUGAGCGCAUCAUCCUCACGUGGACUGUUGGAGAUGCUCUAUAAACUGUGCUGUAGAUACACAUAACCAGCCUGGCCAAUCCCUCAGGGAUCACACGCACGCACACGCGCGCACACACACAGAUAUACGCACGCAUGCACGGACACACAGAUAUACGCACGCGCGCAC